UGACAAGUGUGUAAAGCCGGGUAUUGGUCAGAUCAAAGCAACAUUGGAUUGCUUGAAGCGUUUUACAACAUAAUUCAGUUGACAGGAAAAAACAGCAUCACCAUCACGACCUGCAUUUGAUAUAAGAUGGCAUCUGAGACAGAGAAGCCAAAAGGUUUAAGUCCAACUGAUCCGUGUUCCUACUCCAGACCUGAUGAAUGUAUUGUGACACAUAUAGACCUUGAUCUGGAUGUAGACUUCCAAAACACCUCCCUAAAAGGUCAAGUUCAUCUAUCUCUGCAGAAGAAGAAAGAGGACAUAAAAAAUGUGGUGCUGGACACUCGAGAGGUGACUGUACAGCGAGUGACUGACCAAGCAAAUGGACAAGAAUUGAAUUUCACCUUAGGAGAACAUGAUCCAAAUUUUGGAUCUAAACUGGACAUCAAAUUGCCUAGCAGCUGUGGAGACAAAUGUGUUGUGACAGUGGAUUAUGAAACAUCACCCCAGUGCUCAGCCUUGCAAUGGUUACGAAAGGAGCAGACAGCAGGAAAACGCCAGCCAUAUCUUUUCAGUCAGUGCCAGGCUAUCCACUGUCGGAGUAUGAUUCCAUGUCAGGAUACGCCUGCCGUUAAAUCUGGAUACUCUGCAAAAAUAUCUGCUCCAAAAGAGGUAAUUGUGUUGAUGAGUGCACUACGUCUGGGAACUGAGGCACACAACAGUGAUAGUUCCAAACUGGUUCACAAGUUUGUACAGAAGGUCCCUAUUGCCAGUUAUCUCAUUGCUAUCGUCAGUGGAGACAUUGAAAGCAGAGAUAUUGGUCCAAGGUCCAAAGUUUGGUCAGAAAAAGAAAUGGUUGAACAAGCAGCCUUUGAAUUUGAUCAGACAGAGAACAUGUUGCAGACAGCAGAGGCCUUGGUGGGACCCUAUGUUUGGGGGCAAUAUGAUUUACUGGUUUUACCCCCUUCUUUUCCCUAUGGUGGAAUGGAGAACCCCUGCCUGACCUUUGUAACCCCUACUCUGCUGGCAGGUGACCAGUCUCUAGCCAAUGUAGUUGCUCAUGAGAUUGCUCACAGCUGGACUGGCAAUCUUGUGACCAAUUCCAAUUUUGAACAUUUCUGGUUGAAUGAAGGUCACACUGUGUUUUUGGAGAGGAAGAUCGCUGGACGUCUACAUGGAGGAGAACUGAUGAGGCACUUCACAGGAAUAGGGGGUUGGAAAAGUCUCCAGUAUGGGGUUGUGGAUGUACUUAAAAAUGGUCCCUACACCAAGCUGAUCCCAGAUCUGUGUGGAGUGGACCCUGAUGAUGCCUUUUCUGUGGUACCCUAUGAGAAAGGUUUUGCUCUCUUGUUUUACUUGGAAACACUGGUAGGAGGCCCAGAUGCGUUUGAGCCAUUCCUACGGGCAUACAUUGAAAGGUUCCAGGGAGAUUCCAUAGUUACUAGUCAGUGGAAAGACUUCUUGUUGGAUUUCUUCCAUCAAAAGGUUGGUGUGUUUGAUGAGGUAGAUUGGAACAAAUGGUUUUUUGGUCAAGGAAUGCCACCAUUUAAACCUGACUAUGACAACAGUCUUGCCUUACCAUGUGCUGAUCUGUGUCAGCGAUGGGUGAAUGCUUUGGAAGAAGAUUUCUCCUCAUUCAAGGCAGAAGAUUUUGAAUCUAUGUCAACUGCACAAAAAAGAGAAUUUCUCUCUCUUUUGUUAUUAGAGGACCCGUUUUCUCCUGAGAAAAUCCAGGCAAUGGAAACUGCCUAUAACCUCAACUCCAUCAAAAAUUCAGAAAUUCGAUUCAGCUGGCUGAGGAUGUGCAUUCGUGCAAAAUGUGAAGAUUGCAUUCCACGUGCUUUAGCUUUUGUCAAUGAGCAAGGAAGAAUGAAGUUUGUGCGACCAAUAUAUCGGGACCUGUACGAUUGGGAGCAGUCAAGACAGGUUGCUAUUGACAACCUACAGGCUCAUAGAGAUGAGAUGCACAACACAACAGCUAAACUUGUGGCCACAAAAGACCUCCAUCUUCCAAACUGACCUUCGAACUCUGGCAUCAGCUGAAUACUGACUACUUCAGUGACCAAAUCAAACCUUCCAAUUUUUUAUAGAUUGUGAUAAUUGAAAAAAGACUGUCUCUUUCA